AUAUCAUCAUACCACAAGUUAUUUUCAAAAAAAAAUGAAACCGAUCAUACCCUGCUUGUUCAUUCUCUCUCUAUUCAAUCCGAUCUUUGCGCAAACAGCAUAUUCGCAAGUAUGUAAAUUCUGCACAGGAGAAUUAGAAGUUCCAACAGUUUGGAAUCAGUUUCAAGUUCUGCUCAGAAGUGUGUGCAGAUGGCUUACAAUUGGAAAAGUGGAGUGUAAAGCAAUUGUUGAUACAGCUGAAAUGGAUGAAUCUUCGUAUAAAAAUGUGUAUCCCUAUCUUGUGGAAAUGAAGAACAUGGCCUGUAACAAAUAUAAAAAGGAGUAUUGUUCACUAUAAUUGAACUUGUGACAUAUUUCAGAAUAAAUUUGGGGUCGGUUAGUCAAAUUUGCCGAUAAUUUAAAAAAACGCUGAUUUGUCUAUUUACCGAUUUGCCAGAAAUUAAAAUUUUCGGGAAACAGGAAAACAGGAAAACAGAAAGGAGUACAGUUGUAAAUUUUUUGAAAUUUUCGCGUUUUUGAAACGCUUUAAUUUAUU